AUGGAGUUACUAGUGUACAGACUUGUCCUGGCCCGCGUUCUCCGCGUUGAAGCCGGCAGCGUGCAGUACAUUGACAAGUGCCCGGGCGCGACGACCCAGUCCGUGCAUAUCCAGACGUGCAAGGGCAAGAAGCUCCCACUCUACGCCUGCACGGCGCGCCAGAACCUCAACGAGCUCUUCGAAUUCAAGGACGUCUACAUCAAGUGCAUGUCCAACGGUCAGUGCCUCGACGGCUUCCGUGACGGUGCCAAACUUGGCUUGCACACGUACGGCCGCAUCAAGCACUCGAUGCACACCAACAAGUGUCUGGACGUCGACCCGACCGACUCGACGCUCGAGGCGGAGAUGUGA